UUUGCAGCGCUGCGCUCCAGAGCGCUACAGAGCGGAGGGUCGAUGGCACUGGGUCGGUGUUAAGUCAUGAACUUCAGUAACUUCUUCACAUCCAUCGGUUAAUGUUUGUGGAUGUGCCUGAAGUGCACCAUCAGCCAUGCCUGUGACAUCUCAGCUGCUCAGGGGUUGGCCCCGUGCUAAGGUCUUGGCCUCCAGUCUGUUACCAUGCCAACAACACCAGGCCCAGUUAAGACCGAUCAAUCAAAGACCUGCUUCAAGAUGGCCCUCUCAUAUGCACUCACGAGGUUACCAGACAACCACAGAGCUCCGCAGCUACAUCCUCUCACCCCCACAGGUCAACUCUAUUCUGAAAGCCAACGAGUAUAGCUUCAAGGUGCCGGAGUUUGAUGGGAAGAAUGUGUCAUCAGUGAUGGGUUUUGAGAGUAAUCAGCUGCCGGCCAACGCUCCUAUAGAAGACCGUCGAAGUGCGGCUACAUGCCUGCAGACGCGAGGAAUGCUGCUGGGUGUGUUUGAUGGCCAUGCUGGCUGUGCCUGUGCACAGGCGCUGAGUGAGAGGUUGUUUUACUACAUAGCAGUGUCUCUGCUGCCCCACAACACACUGUGUGAGCUGGAGGCAGCGGUGGAGGCCGGCAGGGCCCUAAGUCCCAUCCUGCAGUGGCACAAACACCCCAACGACUACUUCAGCAGGGAGGCUCAGACCCUCUACUUCAACAGCCUCAGGACCUACUGGCAGGAGUUAAUAGAUCUCACCAGCCCAGGUGAAAUUCCAGACACCCGAGAGGCCUUGCUGAAUGCCUUUAAGAGGCUGGACAAUGACAUUUCUCUGGAGGCUCAGGUCGGAGACCCGAAUGCGUUCCUGCACUACUGGGUCCUGAGAGUGGCCUUCUCUGGAGCAACAGCCUGCGUGGCUCACAUCGAUGGAUCAGACCUGUUUAUAGCCAAUUCAGGAGAUGCUCGGGCGGUGCUGGGGGUUCAGGAGGAGGACGGUUCAUUCAGCGCUCACACACUGUCAAACGACCACAGCGCCCAGAAUGAGGAAGAGGUGGCUCGGAUACGAGGUGAACACCCUCCAUCAGAGAGGAAGACAGUUAUACGACAGGACCGUUUGCUCGGCCUCCUCAUGCCGUUGCGGGCAUUUGGGGAUGUGAAGUUCAAGUGGGGUAUUGAACUGCAGAAGCGUGUGUUGGAGUCUGGACCUGAUCAGCUUCAUGAAAACGAGCAAACCAAGUUUAUCCCUCCAAACUACCACACCCCCCCCUACCUGACCGCCGAGCCUGAGAUCACGUACCACAAACUGCGGCCACAGGAUCGCUUCAUGGUGAUUGGCUCUGAUGGCCUCUGGGAGACGCUCCACAGACAGGAAGUGGUCCGUAUUGUCGGGGAGUAUUUAACUGGGGUGCACCAGCGUCAGCCCCUCAAAGUUGGAGGCUACAAGGUCACCCUGGGACAGAUGCAGGGGCUGCUCGAAGAGAGAAAGGCUCGCGAUUCUUCAGCUUUCGAGGAUCAUAACUCAGCGACCCACCUGAUGCGUCACGCGGUGGGAAACAACGAAUUUGGCACGGUCGACCACGAGAGGCUGUCGAAAAUGCUGUCGCUGCCCGAGGAGCUGGCUCGCAUGUACCGCGAUGACAUCACUAUUAUUAUCUCUCAGUUCAACCCUCAUGUGAUUGGAGCACAGAGGCCAGAAGGGCAGUCCUGAGUGGUACAAAAGCCAUCCACUGAGGAGUACACACACUUGUGUAACAGUGUACAUCUACACAUAAGCACACUCUGUGGACAAACAGGCCAUACUGAGAAAAUAUCUGUCCAGCAUUCGGAAGAAUUGUUAUAACUUUAAUUAUAUAAAGAAUUUGUAUGUUUGUAUGCAGUGCUGGAGAAGAUCUGGUUCCUCAUGAAGGUACAAGAUCUUCAUUGGAUUGAGGUGUCAUAUAUGAAGUGUUAUUUAUGCCGCCAAUAUCCUCUGGUUUCAUAUACGUUUCUCCGCGUGGCUAAUCAGACGCUGUUACAAACUGAUUUUUUUGUGCCAAAAGAGUCAACCUCCUCGUCUGCUGAAAGACAGAGCAGGGUUGAAAUUAUCCAAAGAGGGUGAAGGUUGGGUCUUUACGAGAAAAGAGGCCGUGGUUGAUGCAACCUGCUUCUCUUAUAUGGACUCUAACUGGGCUGUGCCAUUAUAACACAAACACUAUCUUUCUGUGCUUUCUAGGGUUAUUUGCAUCCCCAUUUUACAAUCGAUCUUACUUUCAAGGCUGCACCUGCACCUGUUACAGAGUGGACUGUUGCAUCUGUAUGUUCUUACUCCUUUGUGUAUGCCAUUGUAUGAUAUAUUCUUAGUACUGUUCAAACAUACACAUUUACUGCAUUAACACUUUAGUCUGUGAGUAUUUAGAUGAUGAUGUUUACUCCAGCGCACCUUUUUAGGUAAAACCGUGACUGUGUUUGGUUAAGUACUGACUUUGAGCUCAAAAGUGUUUACAUCCAUAUUGGGUUAACAAUUUAGGAUUCUAAAUAACUAAAUUAGAGUGGAGAGAUAACACUGAUAGUGUAGUGGUCACCAUACUGUGUGGCACACCCUAAUGGGCCCCAAGAUACAUUUCAGGGGUCACAAGAUAAAAAAAAUACAUUACACAAAAUGCAUCUAUUUAAAUAAUAACUCAAGUGAAACUAUUUGAAUAAUUUAACGGACUUUGUUUUCAUUUUAAAUGGGUCACAAGCCAGAAAGGCUGGGAACCACUGAGCUAGUGAUUGUUUUUAUUUCAAAUUUAAUAUGGUGGAGCACAAAAUUGGAUCAAUAUUUACAGACUGUACAGUCUAACAGGUCAUGCACUGUGCACCGACACAGGUAGAAGUAAUAAUUAAGUUAAUUCCUUCCAUUUAUUACACAGCACCACUUUGGUUAGUGAAAAGGGAAGAUUCAAAGUCAGUAUGUCUGUUACUGAACCUCUAAGCAGUCACUGUCUGGAAGUUUGUAGUUCUUUUCCAAGCAUCGUGGGGUGAGAAGUUGGCAUUGUUUGGGUUGGGUUUUUAUGACUCUUGACAGCAAAAAAAGCAGAAGCACUCUCCUGUUGAACACCAAUGACUGUGUGUAAAGCCCAAACAAAUGAGCAGAAUGUACUUUUUUUUUUUUUUUAAAGCUGUUUGAAUAUUAAAUAUUAUUUAUACAGCUCUUACACAGCUUAUCUACAGUUGUAUGUAUAAAAUUGUAACUUAUGUGGGUUAAGUUUUGUAUGGAACGGUUUAAUAAAACACUGAA